AUGAGUAUUAACCGAGCUGUACGUCGAAUGCCCAAUGGUGAUUUAUGUCAAUUCAUGAUCUACCGCAUACAAACUGAUCUUAACAAUUCUUCCCUCAACACUGCUCUUCAAGCCCGAGCAGAGAUUCUUAAAGUCAAUCAAAUGCACAUUUACAACGAAAAGACAAAAAUUUCAAAAAUUCCGACACUGCGAGAAAAAGAUCAUCCCUAUGUAAUUAAGUGUUGUGGUGGCUUCUUCGCUUCACCCUACAACAACUUGGAGUUUUGGAUCGUUUGCGAAUAUUCCACGAACACCACACUGCUCAGUUACAUGAACAAAAACGAGCCGUUUUUCUCGGACGAAGUGCUGACAAUCAGUUACGCUUUAGUCAAGAUAUUGAAUUAUUGUUACAUCGAGUUUAGAGCACCGUAUAUCCACUUAAUCCCUCAAAACAUCUUUUUGGGCCGGAACCCAACAUCCCCAUUUCCUCAAGCAAAAAUAUCGCCUUACGCAUUUAUGCCCCAUCGAGGACACGACGAGGCGGACGCGCAACCAUUCAUCUCAAAUGAUUUUCGAGCCGGUGUUCGUGCUGAAAUAGUAUCGGUGUGGUCGUUUGGUGUUAUACUGUAUCGGAUGAUCACUGGUGUAGUUCCGCGAGUCGACGAAAACUGUGUUAUUUUAGAAUCUGAAUUAAAAGCAGUUGACCAUCUCGAAGCAGCAAAUUUGAUCCGGCAAUGUGUGAAUGCCCCAUUCCAUCGUCCUUCACUUGAAGCACUACGCCGGCACCCAUUUAUUCAAGAGUGUCAUCUCCACACAAAACUCCCAAAGAUCGAACCCAAUUUUGAGGUCUUGACUGUCAUAGGGAAGGGGCAGUUUGGGAGUGUAGUGCACGCUGUUGACAAGAGAAUUGGCAUUAAUGUAGCUAUUAAAGAGAGUUUUGGAACACAAUUGGCGUAUUUACAAAAGGAUGCAAGAACGAUGAGAGCGUGUCAUUGCCCACAAUUGGUGGAAUAUUACGGGUACUUCCAAUUGUCAUACUCACUGAGCGCAUCGUUCAACUCAACGUUUGGGGGGGUUUCCGACACACAUGGGUAUUUGGUUAUGGAGUUGUGUUCGGGUGGGAACUUAGAGGAAUAUCUCAUGCGAUACCCUGGGAGUCUCCCAAGCAAUUACAUUCGAUCAUUUUUGAGAGAUAUUUCUCUGGGUUUGAGGUACCUCCACUUUGUCAAAGGACUUGUCCACAGAGACUUAAAACCAGAAAACAUUUUGUUGUGUCCGUUUCAGCCGAACGAAAUUCCACAAGUCAAAAUCACUGAUUACGGAUUUAGUCGAGCUAUUCUGGACGAUAAACUCGCAAGCGAAAAGGGAAGUCUGUUGUUUGAAGCGCCUGAAAUCAUGAGACACGAAGUUUACUCGAGUAAAAGUGACUUGUAUAGUCUUGGUAUCAUUUUGUAUCAUUUAUGUACAAAGGCAUGGCCCUUUGGCUGUCAAAAAGAUUCUUUCUUCGAAGGAAUGACUCUACGAAAAAGUGUGCAGUUUCCACCGUCCGUGUUCAUUGAAGAAUAUCUCAAAGACUUGAUGUGUAAAUUAAUAACUCAUGAAGAGUCACAACGGAUCGGGUGGAAGGAGUACUUUGUCCAUCCUUACGUCCAAAUAUGUCUCUACGACAAGGAAGACACCAAAAUGAGUUACAACAAGCACGAGAUGUAUUGUUUUAAUUGA